AUGGCAAUCUCGUUUUUCGGUCUCGCCAUUUUCCUUUUUCUUACCCUUGACUCUGAUUUCACCUCUUCCCCCAUCUCUGCUGCUUCCGAAGGCGUCCCGACUACUUAUGGGUCAGUGAUCAAGUUGAUGCAUGAGAAAACAAAGUUUAGGCUGCAUUCGCAUGAUAUACCAUAUGGCUCUGGUAGUGGGCAGCAGUCCGUCACUGGUUUUCCCAACGUUGAUGACUCAAAUAGCUAUUGGAUUGUUAGACCUGUACCAGAUACCAAUGCCCAACAAGGGGAUACAAUCAAAGGUGGUACCGUCAUCAGGCUGCAACACAUGAGGACCAGAAAAUGGUUACAUAGCCACUUGCUAAAUAUUUGUCUACUUAUGACUGAAUUGGCUGCAGUCGUGGUAGUUGGAGCAUAUAUAGAUUACUAUAUGCAUUCUGUUCUUUGGGAUAAUUUUACAAGUCCUUUGGGUUUCUGA